AUGGAAGAACCAGCAGCAUUUUCCAUCCCCAAGUCGUCAUUCACUGCCUUCAGACUUACGUACGCUUCUGCUGCCCAGGUUUCACAAUUGUCGAAAUGCAUUUUUUUAGGAAAAAUACCUGAUGUCUAUCUGAAAGAUGAAGGUCCCAGCAUCUACAAAGAAUUAGAACACGAAAAAGUUUCCACAAACAAUAUCCACCAAUUUAUUUCGAAUUCCCAUAGUUUUGACACUGGCGUGGUCAACGAAGUUGGUUCCAUUGGUUCAGAAUUAACCCUUCCACAAAGUAAAAGGAGCCAGAAGUCGAAGGAUCUCAGUAUUUCUAUUCCACAUCCAACGGAUAAAUUGGAAGACAAAGAAAACUUCGAGCUUGCAGAAAGAGAGUACAGUAGAUUUAUCAAGAGAUUGCGACACUUUGCAGAUGCCUCUAAAGGUAGAGCCAGGAGGAAGAAGAACGACAUGAGAAACAAGAUCUACGAAGCUGUGAUUAAGAAUUUCAAGGCUGGCGAAAUUUUACAGGUAGAAAAGAUGUUGGUAUUGACAAAAGAGUUAGAUCGACCUACUUCUCAGUUCACUGACGAAGAAGAAGGCGAUUCAAGGGUCUUUGAAAGAUGGACAGAACAAUUUGCUGUUCUUAGAAAGACAGAUAGCGUAAUCGAUCCUUUGGUUUUGCAGUUCUACCAUAUCAAUUCAGUCACAGAUGAUGCAAAGAACAAGCCCGAAUUUGAAGUUUCAUUGCUAAGUGUAGAUGCCUAUUUCUAUAGCGAUGUUGACAGAACGAUAUCAAUACUAUGCAAACAGAAGAGUGAAUUCUUUGCGUAUUUGAUGAGAACUCACGACCAGAUCUCUGCAUUUCGAUGGCUAUACUUUAUCAAGAGUGCCCAGGGCGAAGAAAUGGAUUCUCGAUUUCGGGUCUAUCUUCCAAACUUCAACUUUCGCAUUGAUAUUCGAGUCCCCGAUACCAUUUUGGAACGAAUGUUAGAACAUUCAGGGAACUUGAAUGUGAAGGAAACAAAGUAUGGGUAUUCUAUAGAGUAUGGGGUUCUCAUACAAUACUUGAAAACAACCAUAUGCAACGAGCUUCAGAGAAGGAACUAUUCUUCACUUGAUUCUUGGGCCAACUAUUGGUUCUGUUUCAGGCAAUAUGAUCGAUUAGAAUGGAUCCAGAACAACUGCGAAUUAACCUUUAUCCAAAACCAGUUAAUGAAUCGGACGUUCGCUUUCGAGUUCAGGGACUUGGGCAGGGCUGAGGCUGUUGCACUCGAAAAUGGUAACUGUAUAGGAGAACCGAUCCCAGUCGAGGGUUUCUUGUCAAGACUAACAAACACUAAAGGCAAACUGAAGUCUUUGCUUCGGUCUUUUUACAAAGUGCUGUACUUCUAUACAUGUGACAAUAUUAUGUUUUACACCAAGUAUUAUAGAGCGAGUCCACCUACCUUAGAAUACUUGAAGAAGUUUUCAGCUUCGUCUUCUUACACUGAUAUUUGCGAGCAUUGUCCUUAUCCAUUGAAUGAAAAAGGUCACAUAUCGUGGUUGAAUAAAGAGGAUUUCGAAAGUAACGAUAAAGUAGCACUUUCAGAAAUGGGAAGAAGAGCAGAGCAGGUUAUAAAAUCUGAAGCAAUGAUAGAUCUAUGUUUAAUUAAGGAGAUCAGGAAAGUCCCUGUAACAGAAUUAACAAACACGCAAAAGCUAUUGAUGAGCACCUUGUGGCACUCCAACUCUGCUCUUGCAGACGACGUGCAGAUAAUUGACUCUGCUUUUGAAAUCGAAAUGAUUAAUGGAAGCAUUGUUCGUUUGCAAGCACAAAGUAGCUUUUUAAGAGAUCAUUGGAUGUUGAAUCUUCAGUCCCUUCGUGAUUACUGGUUUCUCAGAAAACAACGUGACUUGAGACAGACAAUGAUUGUGAGAGCUCGAAAUGAAAAGGCUCUUCGAAUUCCCGAAUACGUUGAUUCCAAUAUCAAUCGGGAACUCAAUAAUCUUGAGUUUCAACAUUCUGUAGCAGACCCCAGAAUCCAAUCUAUUGAGUCAAUUGCUAUGUCCAAAUGUAUUUUGAUGAGUGGGUACUUGUAUCAGAAGAGUAAAAAGCACUCUAAUUUCUCACAGUACUUCGUGAUCUUGUGCCCUGCGUUCAUUGUUCUUUAUUCAAUUUACAAGAGAAGAAAAACAACUGGAGCUUGGAAAGCAAGUGGGUUGUUUGAGCAUCAUCUAACUAUACCACUUUCUAGUUGCUAUAUUUAUUCCGGAGCUGCAACCAGUAUUGACUUGUUGAAUAGGCAGAAGGAGCUUGAUCCAACCAAUCCAGCUCGACAGUGUUUGCCUCGACUCUACCCAGAUGGGUGGAAAUCAUCGGAAGAAGAAGAAGUUCGCUGCUUCACUUUAUGGAUUGGUAGGAAGAGGAAGAUUACAAAACACAUCAAAGAUAUUCGCAAAGCUGAGUAUACAAAAGAUUCAACAUUAGCUAGAAGUAACAAUACUCAAAAGAAUCCGGGAAUGGCUAAAAUGAUCAAAAAGUUGGGGUUUACAGGCCGAAGCAUUGUAUUCAUGGCAAGGUCUAGACAAGAAAGAGAGAUCUGGACGUCUAGAAUAUUAACAGAGAUCGAUAGAUAUUCGAAGCAAAAUAAAUAG